AUGAGCCGCUUCGACGGCCGUGCGGCGGACCCCAGCUCCUACCGCGACCGCCGCAGUGAGGGGGCGUUCGGUGGCGGGACGAGGGCGUUCGCGCCGUCGGGAAAGCCGGAUGCUGCCGCCGCGGCGGCCGCGGCGGAGCUGGACGGGCUGCCGCGGUUCGAGAAGAACUUCUACGUGGAGGUUCCCGCGGUGGCCGGCAUGACGGCGGAGGAGGUCGAGGCCUACCGCCGCCGCCGGGAGAUCACCGUCGAGGGCAACGACGUGCCCAAGCCGGUGCGCGACUUCCGCGACGUCGGCUUCCCAGACUACGUGUUGCAAGAAAUCACAAAAGCUGGCUUUACAGAACCUACCCCUAUCCAGUCACAAGGUUGGCCAAUGGCACUGAAGGGGCGUGAUCUUAUUGGCAUUGCUGAAACAGGAUCUGGAAAAACACUUGCUUACCUUUUACCUGCCAUUGUUCAUGUUAAUGCUCAGCCUAUUCUAGCUCCUGGUGAUGGUCCGAUUGUUCUUGUGUUAGCCCCUACACGUGAACUUGCUGUCCAGAUACAGCAGGAGACAACAAAAUUUGGUGCAUCAUCAAAGAUAAAAAGCACAUGCAUAUAUGGUGGUGUCCCAAAAGGUCCUCAAGUUCGUGAUCUUCAAAAAGGUGUUGAAAUUAUUAUAGCCACGCCAGGAAGACUAAUUGAUAUGAUCGAAUCACAUCACACAAAUUUGCGGAGGGUCACAUACCUUGUUUUAGACGAGGCAGAUCGAAUGCUAGACAUGGGUUUUGAACCUCAGAUUAAGAAAAUUGUGUCUCAGAUUCGUCCAGAUCGACAAACUCUUUACUGGAGUGCUACCUGGCCAAAGGAAGUUGAGCUGCUAGCAAGGACUUUCCUUUUUGAUCCAUACAAGGUUAUAAUUGGUUCUGAAGAACUGAAAGCUAAUCAUGCUAUUUCUCAGCAUGUUGAGAUAUUAUCUGAGAGUCAGAAGUAUAACAAGUUGGUCAAUCUACUGGAGGAUAUAAUGGAUGGCAGCCGAAUUUUAAUAUUCAUGGACACCAAGAAAGGAUGCGAUCAGAUCACCAGACAGCUUCGAAUGGAUGGUUGGCCUGCUCUGUCUAUCCAUGGUGACAAGAGCCAAGCUGAAAGAGAUUGGGUUCUUUCUGAAUUCAAGUCGGGGAAAAGCCCUAUUAUGACAGCUACUGACGUUGCUGCUCGAGGCUUAGAUGUUAAGGAUGUCAAGUAUGUCAUUAACUAUGACUUUCCGGGGUCUCUGGAGGAUUAUGUCCAUCGCAUUGGUCGAACUGGCAGAGCUGGAGCAACAGGGACAGCCUACAGCUUUUUCACGGCUGCUAACGCCAGAUUUGCCAAGGAUCUUAUUAGCAUUUUAGUUGAAGCUGGGCAAAAGGUCAGCCCUGAAUUAGCUAAUAUGGGCCGUGGUGCACCACCUCCUUCUUUGGGUCAUCGUGAUAGAUACAGGGGGCAUGGAGGUGGUCGUUCAUGGAGCUGA